AUGGGGUGGCUUUCUCCUUUUGGACUUUUGCUCUUCGUGGCGCUGGUGGCCUCUGGGACGCCUGAUGAAGAGAAUGAACAGGACCGGCAACCCUACUGGCGAUGCUGGACCGCUGAGGAGAUUGCGGAAUACACCGCUGCCGCGUGGGGUGAUGACCCGUGGUCCGCUCCCCCUCAACCGACUUGGGAGACCCCGGCAGCAUCAACCUCGAGCAGCUCGUCGUCAUGGUGCCCGUUGCCUUUGACGCCCACUUUCUCUUCAACAGGGACAAGCUCCGGUGUCAGCGACUCCUCGGGGGGUCCAACCACUCAAUGGGAUCUGGAUAUCAGCUGGGCUGUCCAACGUGAUGAACUUCGAGCCCCUACUGUACAUGGCGGCUACUUGGACCUCCCGCCUAUUCCGGAGGACAUACCGAUUCCCUUUGGGAGUCAGCCGCCCGAAAGUGAGGAGCUCACCGUGAACGGAGAGGGGCAUGAAUAUCCUGGAAGACUCUUCGACAUCUGCCAGACCCUGGUCCUCUACUCCUUCCUCGUCGUCUGCACCUACCUCGCACGCCUUGCCGAGUUCCUCGACUUCUUCGCUGACUUAGAGGAGGACAUCGUAUGCUUGGACGUGAUCCUGCCACUCUCCUUCGAGGCCGUGAGCGUGGAGGAGUUGAUCGAUGGCAUCAUGCUGACGGGUCUGUUCGUUGUCGCCUUCGUGAACGUCUUGAAGCAGAAGCCCGCGCACGGGUUGAAGACCAUCCGCCUCCUCCUGCUGUGGACCCUCAUGAUGCCGAUGCUCAAUGUCCUGUUGGAACUCCAGAAGAAAUCGGCAACCCGGAACCCUCUGCGUUUGAAGUCACUGGGGGUGACGUGCACGAUGAUGGGGAACGCACCGUCAAGGCUGUUACCUUUUAUGGUGAUCGCUUUCAGGUUAGGGCCGGGGUGUCUUCACGCGGACAAUCAAACACCUCCACCUCGGCGGGGAGCUCCAGAUUUGGGCGGCAUGGGGCCCAAAAGACAGGCUAGAAAAGCUGCUCGCAUGAAGGCCUAUGCUGAAGGCACAUGGCGCCCUGUCUGGCUUCUGGACUAUGUCAAGGGCAAACAAGCACGUGAUGAACUACGCACCCGCGACUCUGCGACCGUGUUAGCUGACAUGGACCCGAAAGCUCUAGCGGUCUUCCUUGGACACCAGACUGGUGCUGAGUCUGAUGUACCUGAGCCGGCUCUUUCAGCUCGGCAACAUGCGGCCAACAUCGCCACCGAGCCGGACCCUUGGGCCAAUCAUGAAUGGCACACUUCAUGGUGGUCGUUCUCCGUGCAAAACCAGUCUGAGGAGCCUGCUGACUCCUCCACUCAGUGGUCUGGGAAUGGUGCCUGGGGUGAAAAUAACUGGUAUUCUUGGGAUGCUUCAUCGUCGACGUGGUCGUGGAAUUGGUCGUCCUGGAGCUCUUCUACCUCUACGACAUCCUCCUCUACAUGGCCGAGCCUCUUGCCCAACGAAGGAUUGUUGCCCACAGUACGACCAGCUGAGCCAGACACCGUUAUGUUGAUGCAGAUGACUGGAGCAGAACGAGCCUCUCUUCAAGAAGCCGGUGUCAAUCGUGCUGGUGUAGAUAGCAUCGAACAACUUCUCGAGAUGGGCUCGCUUGUCUUGAAGCUCUACACCUGGUGCUCGUACGACGCCUCCAAGCACGUGGCUACCUGCCAAUACAACGUGUACCGCGACCGCAGUUGGCACAAUAUCAAUUGUUCAACUGGGUACGUGGGUAUGUCCCCGUGUUUGUGGAGCACCUCGAGCGACACAUGCGUGCGGGACUGCAACCUGGAGAAUGUAAUCGAGAGGCUGGGGAGGACGGUGAUGCCGGCCAACACGUCCCGUCUCUCUCGGACCUGGCAGGUUCCUCCACUGAUGUUUCCAACUCUCAUCGCAGUGUUGAGCCCAGUGCGGGAACUUCUCAUAGUCGGCCUUCCCGCUCGCGCAGCCGGUCCAGAGCUUCCUCAAGCAACGAAGCUCCUUCCCAGAGUGGAUCUUCACGUGGCUCCGGAGAUGCUGGUGCUCUGCCUGAGGUUGGAGACACAAUGGGGGAUGCUGGCAGUGGUCCCUCAACUCGUCGGAUGUCACAUGAAGAAGAACGUGCCCUUGAAGGGGAGCUUCUUGGUGAUUCGCGAUGCCGUCAACAGAGAACUAGUACACGCAACGAGCGCAGAUGUGGUCGAGCUUCUACACCGUCUCAUCGCGCGACAACGUCGUCUACAGCAUUUGGCGCGGCUAACGGGUAUUGCCAUCGAGGAGACGCUCACUUGGAUCCAGGUCCCUGCGGGGGCUCUUGCGUUCAAUGCCCCGUCUAUGGAACAAACACUCUGGUCACGGGACAAGCAGCUGCACUUCUUCAACCUGGCUUCCCACCCACUCUUGAGGCGCUUUGGCAGAGUCUUCCCCAGUUCUCUCCGCACACUGUGGUGGGACUCAGGAGGCGAAGCUGGCGACAUCAUGCUCGAGCUCUCCAUGCCCAAAAUGGAAGUCCACUACCUGGGGGAUUAUGGCCUUCGGAAGACGAUCAAGACUUGUAUCUCAUACAAGUUGAUGAGUCUUCACAGGUUGAGAACAUGCCAGCGUUCACCUCGCCUCGUCCUCUUCCAGCACGAUAUCGUGUUCGUCAUCGGCGUCGUGCGCUCCAGCCUCGCCCGCCUCCAGUAUUAUAACUACCGCGUGGUCGUGCCCGUCCAGAACGCAGUCGCAGCCGUGAUCCUGCUCCAGAACGUGUUGAUCCAGCUCCUCCCAACGAUUCUGCGCACCGUGAACUUGAUGCUGAAGCUCGAGGUGCUGGACGAGGUGCAGGUUCUGAUUCUGCGGAAGAAGAAUGCUGGGACGCACGAGGUCAGGAAGUCGUUUCGAUGGUGCCUGCUGAAGUCCCCUCGUUCAGCUCGAUGGUGCCCUGGAGGCCCCGCCAAAGUAGCAGUCGAAAGCUCAGGGCACGCUCGCCACCUGGAAGCGCUGCCAUCCGAGCCGGAGGCGGAGGCAGCCGUGGACGUUUUGCUCUGCUCGGGCGAGGUGCACAAGGCACUGAGAUUACCAGGCAGCAAGACGGUCGGCGAGCUGCUGACCAUGGCAGGCGUUGAAGCGUCUCCUUGGCAGCCCUUCGCACCGAGCCCUGGAGCCCGCGAUGCCACGGGCGCGAGGGUAGGCCAUGAGGUGCCUCUGCACACUCUGACGAACCUCUCGGAGAAAAACCAGAGUCUGGAGCUCCAUGUUUUCCGUGAAAGUGCAUUUCGAUGA